CUGAGGUCCUGACAAGCGAUAACAUUUCUGAUAAAGACCCGAUCUCACUGCAAUCUCAAGCGUCCUCUUUUUUUUUGGUGCUGCUCGUUUCUCCAGACCCCGCGUCCUCUCGAACGCUCUCUCGCCUUCCUAUUUUUUUUUUUCUUUUUUUUUUUUAAAAACAACACCACCACCCCCCUCCCUUCUUCCACCCGGCACCGGGCACAUCCUUGCUCUAUUUCCUUUCUUUUUCUCUCUCUCUUUUAUUAAAGGGGGGGAGGGAGGUUAAGGAAGAGGGGGGGAGAAAGAGGCAGGAAAGACCUUUUUCUCUCCCCCCGCCCCCCAAUAAUCCAAGAUCAACUCUGCAAACAACAGAAGACGGUUCAUGGCUCUGGCGGCCGCGCCACCAUCUUUCGGGCUGCCGAGGGUGCUCUCGACCAUUAAUCAACAGGAUGAGAGAUACCAUAGGAGAGACUCUUGCUGCACUGCUUGUGAAACUUCCCCUCUGCAGAUGUACAGAUCAGCUCUCAAAAUAUCUUCUGUGUCUUCCGAGCAUCUUCUAGGACAAUUGCAUUAGCCUCCUGCUAGUUGACUAAUAGAAUUAAUAAUUGUAAAAAGCACUCUAAAGCCACAUGCCUUAUGAAGUCAAUGCUGGGUAUGAUUUUACAAAUAUGGUCCGGAAAAAGAACCCCCCUCUGAGAAACGUUGCUAGUGAAGGCGAGGGCCAGAGCCUAGAGCCUGUUGGUACAGAAAGUAAGGUAUCAGGAAAGAAUAAAGAAUUUUCUGCAGAUCAGAUGUCAGAAAAUACAGAUCAGAGUGACGCUGCUGAACUAAAUAACAAAGAGGAGCAUAGCUUACAUGUUCAAGAGACAUCUUCUAGCAGUAAGAAGGAUUUGAAAAGCUCAGUCCUGAGUGAGAAGACUGGCUUCAAUUAUGACAGCCCCAGUAAGGGAGGAAACCUUCCGUCCUUUCCACAUGAUGAGGUGACAGAUGGAAAUAUGUUGGCUUUCUCAUCUCCAGCUGCUGGGGGAGUUUCUGAGCCCUUGAAGUCUCCUCAAAGAGCAGAGGCAGAUGACCCUCAAGAUAUGGCCUGCACCCCCUCUGGGGACUCAUUGGAGACAAAGGAAGACCAUAAGAUGUCACCAAAGGCUACCGAGGAAACAGGGCAAAUGCAGAGUGGUCAAGCCAAUUGUCUAGGUGCAAGCCCAGUUUCAGUGGCCUCAAAAAACCCACAAGUGCCUUCAGAUGGGGGUGUGAGAAUGAAUAAACCCAAAACUGAAUUACUAGUAAAUGACAACACAGACCCGGCACCUCUGUCUCCAGAGCUUCAGGACUUUAAAUGCAAUAUCUGUGGAUAUGGUUACUACGGCAACGACCCCACAGAUCUGAUUAAGCACUUCCGAAAGUAUCACUUAGGACUGCAUAACCGCACCAGGCAGGAUGCUGAACUGGACAGCAAAAUCUUGGCCCUUCAUAAUAUGGUGCAGUUCAGCCAUUCCAAAGACUUCCAGAAGGUCAACCGUUCUGUUCUUUCUGGUGUGCUUCAGGACAUCAAUUCUUCAAGGCCUGUUUUACUGAAUGGGACCUACGAUGUACAGGUCACUUCAGGCGGAACAUUUAUUGGCAUUGGACGGAAAACACCAGAUUGCCAAGGAAACACCAAGUACUUCCGCUGUAAAUUCUGCAAUUUUACUUACAUGGGCAAUUCAUCGACUGAACUAGAGCAACAUUUUCUUCAGACUCAUCCGAACAAAAUAAAAGCUUCUCUUCCUUCUUCUGAGGGUGCAAAACCUUCUGAGAAAAACUCUAACAAAUCCACCCCAGCACUUCGCUCCAGUGAUUCUGGAGACUUGGGAAAGUGGCAGGACAAGAUCACUGUCAAGGCAGGUGAUGACUCUCCUGUUGGCUACUCAGUACCCAUCAAGCCCCUUGAUUCCUCAAGACAAAAUGGUACAGAAGCCACCAGUUACUACUGGUGUAAAUUUUGUAGUUUCAGCUGUGAGUCAUCUAGCUCACUUAAACUGCUAGAACACUAUGGCAAGCAGCAUGGAGGAGCACAGUCAGGCAGCCUUAAUCCAGAGUUGAAUGAUAAACAUUCAACUAGGAGCUCUGUCAUUAACCAGAAUGACCUAGCCAAAAGUGCAGAAGGGGAGCCAAUGGCUAAGGCAGAAAAGGCAUCUACUGGCACUAAAAAGAAGGACUUCUCCAGCAAGGGAGCAGAUGAUAAUGUGGUAACAAGCUACAAUUGUCAGUUCUGUGACUUUAGAUAUUCCAAAAGCCAUGGCCCCGAUGUAAUUGUAGUGGGGCCACUUCUCCGUCAUUAUCAGCAGCUCCAUAACAUUCAUAAGUGCACCAUUAAGCACUGUCCAUUCUGUCCCAGAGGCCUUUGCAGUCCAGAAAAGCACCUUGGAGAAAUUACUUACCCAUUUGCUUGUAGAAAGAGUAAUUGUUCCCACUGUGCGCUCUUACUUUUGCACUUGUCUUCUGUGGCGGCCGGAAGCUCGAGAGUCAAACACCAGUGCCACCAGUGCUCAUUCUCCACUCCGGAUGUAGAUGUGCUCCUCUUUCAUUAUGAGAGUGUGCAUGAGUCCCAGGCGUCAGAUGUCAAACAAGAAUCGAACCAUCUGCAAGUAUCGGAAGGGCAACAGACUGUCAAGGAAAGCAAAGAACACUCAUGUACCAAAUGUGAUUUUAUUACCCAGGUGGAAGAAGACAUUUCCCGACACUACAGGAGAGCACACAGCUGCUACAAAUGCCGGCAGUGCAGUUUUACAGCUGCUGAUACUCAGUCACUACUGGAGCACUUCAAUACUGUUCACUGCCAGGAACAGGACAUCACUACAGCCAAUGGUGAUGAGGAUGGUCACACCGUAUCCACCAUCAAGGAGGAACCCAAAUUUGACCUCAAGGUCUAUAGUCUGCUCAAUCCAGACUCUAAAAUGGGAGAGCCAGUUCCCGAGAGUGUGGUGAAAAGAGAGAAGCUUGAAGAUAAAGACGGGCUGAAAGAAAAAGUUUGGACUGAGAGUUCCAGUGAUGAUCUUCGCAACAUGGCUUGGAGAGGGGCAGACAUCCUCCGGGGGAGUCCAUCAUAUACUCAAACAACUCUGGGGCUUCUGACGCCUGUGUCGGGUUCCCAAGAGCAGACAAAGACUCUAAGGGAUAGCCCCAAUGUAGAAGCUGCCCAUCUGGCAAGACCUAUUUAUGGCUUGACUGUGGAGACCAAGGGAUUCCUGCAGGGGGUGACAGCUGGUGGAGAAAAGUCCGGGACCCUCACUCAGCAGUAUCCUGCGUCAGGCGAGAGCAAGUCCAAGGAUGAAUCCCAGUCCUUGUUACGGAGACGUAGAGGCUCUGGUGUUUUUUGUGCCAAUUGCUUGACCACAAAGACCUCUCUCUGGCGAAAGAAUGCAAAUGGCGGAUAUGUAUGCAAUGCGUGUGGCCUCUACCAGAAGCUUCAUUCGACUCCCAGACCUUUAAACAUCAUUAAACAAAACAACGGUGAGCAGAUUAUUAGGAGAAGAACAAGAAAGCGCCUUAACCCAGAAGCACUCCAGGCUGAGCAGCUCAACAAACAGCAGAGGGGUGGCACUGAGGAACAGGUCAAUGGAAGCCCCUUAGAAAGGAGGUCAGAAGAUCAUUUAACUGAAAGUCACCAGAGAGAAAUUCCACUCCCGAGCUUGAGUAAAUAUGAAGCCCAGAGUUCAUUGACUAAAAGCCAUUCUGCUCAGCAGCCGGUCCUGGUCAGCCAAACCUUGGAUAUUCACAAAAGGAUGCAACCUUUGCACAUUCAGAUAAAAAGUCCUCAGGAAAGUACUGGAGACCCAGGAAACAGUUCAUCUGUAUCUGAAGGGAAAGGAAGUUCUGAGAGAGGCAGUCCCAUAGAAAAGUACAUGAGACCCGCAAAACAUCCAAAUUAUUCACCACCAGGCAGCCCAAUUGAAAAGUACCAGUACCCGCUUUUUGGACUUCCCUUUGUACAUAAUGACUUCCAGAGUGAAGCUGAUUGGCUGCGGUUCUGGAGUAAAUAUAAGCUCUCAGUUCCUGGGAAUCCGCACUACUUGAGUCAUGUGCCUGGCCUACCAAAUCCUUGCCAAAACUAUGUGCCUUAUCCCACCUUCAAUCUGCCUCCUCAUUUUUCAGCUGUUGGAUCAGACAAUGACAUUCCUCUAGAUUUGGCGAUCAAGCAUUCCAGACCCGGGCCAACUGCAAACGGUGCCUCCAAGGAGAAAACGAAGGCGCCAUCAAAUGUAAAAAAUGAAGGUCCCUUGAAUGUAGUAAAAACAGAGAAAGUUGAUAGAAGUACUCAAGAUGAACUUUCGACGAAAUGUGCGCACUGUGGCAUUGUCUUUCUGGAUGAAGUGAUGUAUGCUUUGCAUAUGAGUUGCCAUGGUGACAGUGGACCUUUCCAGUGCAGCAUAUGCCAGCAUCUUUGCACGGACAAAUAUGACUUCACGACUCAUAUCCAGAGGGGCCUGCAUAAGAACAAUGCACAAGCAGAAAAAAAUGGAAAGCCUAAAGAGUAAAACCUUAGCACUUAGCACAAUUAAAUAGAAAUAGGUUUUCUUGAUGGGAAUUCAAUAGCUUGUAAUGUCUUAUGAAGACCUAUUAAAAAAAAUACUUCAUAGAGCCUGCCUUAUCCAACAUGAAAUCCCCUUCUUUUAUUAUUCUUUCUUUCAAUGAGUAGGUUACCGAGAUAUAAAAGUGAGACAAAUGGUCAGUGAGGGGAAAAAAAUUUAAAAAGGAAGAUGGUAAAUAGUCAUGUUUUAUAACACAGUCAAAACCACCUUGACAAAUACGUACUGUGGAAACCAUAUCAUCAGACUGUAAUUACUAUGUUUGUAAGGAAAAAGAUCAAAACUGUUUAGAAAUUCAAAAGUACAUGAUACUAAAGCAGUAUUGGGCUGGUCAUUGGCCCUAUGGUUCAAAAGCCCUUAAAGUGUUGCCUAAAUAUAGAAGUAUCAUGAAACCCUAGAUAGACGAAAAAUUUCAUGUCCAACAUAGUGAAAGGAAAAUGGCGCCCUCUUCCAUCAGUCUCCUCUCCUUGACCUUGUUUCAGACUUAGACCUAAAAAUGUGAGCUGUGGUUAGGCUUGAUGAGAGAGUCGCAAGAAUAGUGACAGAUGGUGGCACAACGCUUUUGGCUAGCCCUGCCUGUACAUACACAUGCACACGCUCCUUGAUACUUUUUGUCCUUUAAAUGUUCAAAUAUUCCUUUCAUAAGUAGACCUUUUGUUUGCAGUUUAGGUUCAUUUUAUCCAAAUAUACAUGCCUCUUUAAAAAAAAUAAUAAUGUCCCCAGUGCUUACAUAGUAAUUUUAUUUUAGCCAGAUAUUUCUUUCUUAUAUAUGAUGAACCAAUUUGAAGUUAUUCUUUACGCCUCCUCCCAGUCACUAAUCUCACUUGGCACAUCAUAACGAAAAGGGCCCCUCAGUUAAAAAGACAUAGAUGAGUACAAAGUUCAGACUACGGGCUUAAUUUGUUUAGAACACAUGGUAUUUCUCCACAAGGUAACCUGCUGUAUUUAUUUAUUUUCUUUUGGUUAAGUAUAAUUUCCAAACUUUGUGGUCAGGCAGUGUCUAAGGUUAUGUUACCACAGACUGACAGUUGGUAUAUGUACCAAUCAAUCCCUUCAUUAGAUUUCUACAGGUUUAGUUAAGUAGCAUUAAAUAGGAUUCUUAGGAGUAUGUCUUCAUAGUACUUUUAAUACUUAAGGCUUUGUAAAACUAUCCAUGAAGGGAAAGCUCCUCAGCAUAACUGCUCAGGGAAAUAGGGCUAAAUAACUGAACAUUAAAUAAUUGGUAAAAGGUGCUGUUAGUCGAGCCUCAAUGCUUGCUACAAGGAUGUAUGUACAAGGACUGACUUUAAUAAUUUGCAUUAUAUUGGCCCAACCAGUAGUUUAUUUUUUUGCCACGGAGAUGUAGAAGAUAUUACAAGCUACUGGAUGCACUGUCAGAUUAACUUAUUUCAUUAAAGAAGUUGGGAGAACAAAUAGGAAAAAAAACUUAUUUUUCUAGUAAAUAUUAAUGUAUUACAUUUCAAAUAAUGGUGCCUGACAUAUUGAAUAAUUAUUUUCUACAAUGUACGUAUGCAACAAAGAUAUUCCAUCAUGCAUUAGAGUCAGUUCUGGCUCUGCCUAGCUGUUUACAUUUGCAAAUGUAGCAAACAAGGUAAUGAAGCAACUAUUUCUAUUGCGGUAGAUAUCUUUUGUGUGUGUGUGUGUGCAUUAAAGUUGUAAACGGUAACAUGAAACAAAUGAAAGUUCUUGAUAUAAUGGUAUGGAAACAAGAAGGAAAUGAAAAUAUUUUUAUGCCUACUUAGGAAAAAAAGGGUAGCACUAUUCAUUCCAAGUACUUUUUUUUUUUUAAUUUUUAAGCUCUUAACUCACAUUGCUUUGCUUAAAAUGAUAAACAUAUAUCUUCUUUUUAUUGCUUUGUCUAUGUUUCAAAUGAAACAUUUCAGAAAUUAUUUUGAUAAGUGUUGCUAGAAUUCGCAGCACCAGUGUUGUUAUUGCAUUCUGUAGUCGCAUUUGCACUCCCAUUUUGACAUUAAUUUGCAGUUGCUUUGUGUUGUUUUGUUUUUGUUUCUUUUUCAUAAUAUCAGGUCUUUGUUUCUUAAAGUUGGAUGGCAGGUAGAGUUCAGCCAGUUCUUAACUGUUGUAGUGAAUGAAAUUUAAAAUGUCUUUCUGAUGUUGUGUUGUCAUUUUCCAUUCUUACAUUUUGUUGUCAUAAAAGAAAGAGAGAAAAAUCAGGACUAAGUCUUAUGCUUCAGUUCCUUUAUUAAAGGACUCUAUUGUAACCUCAUCUGUCUAGAGCUCUAAUAUUCACUUAAACUGAAAUAAAGAGGUAGAAUGAGGAGCUUUGACAUUCAAAUGGUGAUGUAAUUUUUCUUAGGGAUUUUGAUGAAUCCAUUUCAAACCAUGAAGGCAAAUUGGAGGGGUUGUGAUUUAAAACCUAAAAAAAGAGAUUUUUCCCAAACAACAGUAUAGUAUUUCAUUUUCUUAUAGAAAUAAUUAAUGACAAAGUGCACUAUGGCAAUCCUUAAGCAAUGUAAUAUGUGAACUGUUCAAGUCAGCAAAAUAUCAGAAGCUCGUUGAACUUGAAUGGUAUUACAGGUAUGACUUUUUGGGCAAAACUACUCCAUUUGCAAAUUCUACAGUUGUUCAGAUAUAAACAGAUUGCUUAUUUUUGACACAGAUAUCUUUUUUUGAUUUUUUAUUUCUGUAUCUAAUUUUUUUUUCUCAAACAGGCAUAGUAGUAAUGACUAGCAAUGGCAAAUGUGUAUCACUAUUCUUGGAAUAUUUAUGGUCAGUUUUCCUUUGGUAGAAUAUUGUUGGAUAGCAUCGACAGGUUAGUUCUUAUUCCAUAUUCCUUUAUUACUGAGGUUUUUUUUUAAUUUUUGUUUCAUUAUUAUGCAUAUUUUGAUGAAAAAGAGGUUGGGCUUCUUAAAGAAGAAAAUCUUCUAAAAACUCUAAAUAUUCCUUAUUUUUGACUUAUGAAAGUCUUUGAACUCUCAGAAUAUCUUAUAGACUUUAUUAGUUGUUAUUUCAAAUUUGGUUUUAAGAUUUCUGAAUCAUUUUUUCUUAAAUUGUGACUUUUUUUUUUAAAGAGCUGCAUUGGUCAUUAACCUUGUUUGAGAACUUGCAAGAUGAUUUAGAAAUCUCUCUUCUUAGAGCAGGCUUCCUCUAUCAUGGAAACUAUUUGCCAACUGAAAUCUUAGACCAUUUAAAAACUGUAAAUCUUUUCAGGUGACUUGUCUAUAUUUGAAUUGAGCUUUAGAUCAAACUUUAGACCAGGACCAUAUACUCAUUCUCCCUUUGCCCCUUCUGUCCGUCUUUGUCUCUCACCCAUACAUUAGUACUGUUGUUCAAGAUAGAGAAAUCAUGGCAAGCCAGCCCAUCUGGGAAAUAUAUGAGAACAGGAUGGAGGUCAGAUGUUAACAUGUUAACUCUGUAGUUUGAAAGGGAAAAAAAAGUGUGCUCAAUCUUUCUCCAUGACAUAUUGAGAUGUUCUUUUAAAACUUGGACUUUUAAGAUAGUAAUGUUUUGUUCUAAACUGUUCUCUUUUAGUAAAGAUAGUUUUAGAGGCAAGCAUGGGGAUUCUUUUCUAAGGUAAUAUUAAUAAGAAGGAAGAGUGAUUAAUAGCUCUUUGUCAAAGUUUGUGGUAGCAUAUUGUUUAUGAUUGCACAUGUGCACAUAAUCCAUUAUGAUCCAGUGCAAAUACAGCUUCAAACUUAUUAAAUGUAUAUAUUUUAAAUGCCUGAGGAAAUACAUUCUCCUAAUAAAUUGAAGCAUAUCAACACUACUAUUAAAAUUAAUUAGCCUCUUCCCUGCUUUAUUAUCGCAAGACAUCACAAGGUGAUGUGUCUUGAGACCUCUGAACUACCUGCCUGUUUAGUGAGUGAAGAUUAACAAAAGUCUGCUGGAGGGAAAAUAUUUGUCACCCAGCAGUGAAAGCAUGGAGUAAAGAAGCUGAUAGUUUCUGUGCUGCAUGCCAGUCUGUUACCUAAAGUUUACAUGAGCUCACAACCUCCUGUCUUUGAGUUGAGGGCCAUGGCAGGGGCCAUAAGCCCUCCUGGGUGAGGUGAAAUAGGUGAAAAAUCUCUCUGACUGUUCUAGAUCAAAGGCAAAAACUGAGCAAUUGAAAUUCAAUCUAAAUGUGAAACUAAAUACGCUAACCAAAGGUAGGUACUGUUAGGUGGAAUUCUAUCACAGGCAACUUUAAUUGAGAAGAGUAUUGAAACUGUGCAUGGGGACAUUGAAGGGCUGCGUUAUUUUUCCAAAGAAAGACUUGGCAAAGAGCAGAUUGCGUGACUUCCCUUGCAAGCACUUCUUUAUGGCUUUCCAUUGCUAUUUUAUAGAGAGUGGACUCCUGCAUUCCUGAUAGUGGUUCAAUUGUUUAGAAAGCAUGCAGGGUUAUUUGCAGGAUUUAGGACUCCUGGAAGAUGUUAGGGCAGCAGUGUGUCAAGUCAGGGAUGAAGAAAUGUGAAGUUCAGCGUUAACCCACACAUGGAAACUGGAUGAUGUGUUCUCUUGAAAGGAAAGAUAGAGCUGUAAGCUUCUCUCCAUCCUACGCCAGAGAAAAUACAAGAGUAAUUUUACAUGGAAAUAAUACUUAGCCUUCAACAGAGCAAAUGGUCUAUCACAACCCUUAAGUCCUAAAACUGGAUCCUGGUUCCUUUUCAUGAUAUGACCUGCAGCAAAUCACUUUUUUUUUUCUUUUUGUGCCUCAGGUUGCUCACCUGUAAAAUGGAAAAAAAUAUAUUAAUAAUAAUAAUAUUAAUAAUAAUAAUGGUUAUGUAGUACUUGUUUGUAAGCACUUUGAGAUCCUUGGUUAAAAGGCACCAUGGAAGUGUCAAGUAUUAUUACAGGGCCAAGGGGCUUAUUUAAACUCUUCAGUUCCCAAGGGUCAGGAAAGGUUAGGGUCAUUUUUGUUAAAGAUGAGCUGUAAAUAUCAGAAUUAGAGAGCCUAUCAUGUUGACUAUGAAGAGGCAAUACUAUUAAAAGGCUGAUAAAACCAUAGUCUCUUAAUGGCUACCAAGAAGGCAAAUAUCACAUUGAAAAAUGACAAAUUACUUAGGGUGGACUAUUUGACAACAUGAAGAAUUUUUAGGGGGUGGGGGUGGGACAGGUUUGGGAAGCAUCUCAAAAUGCCAAUAUAAAAUUAACUUACAGCAAUAUUCACCAGCAGAAAAAUGUCUUUCAUAUAGAAUGAUUCCAUGUCGCUAAGAAAGAAUUCAAUUUGUAGUCCUGAUUUGAACAUUAGAAUGUUGGCUAUAAUAGUUCUGUUCUUACAACACAUGGAAAAAAAUUUUUUUUUGUUUUAUUUAAUUUUGUUUUCAUAGUGCAUGUUCAUUUCUACUCACAAACAUGUUCUUGGUGUAUUUCUUAUGCAAACAAUCUUCAGGCAGCAAAGAUGUCUGUUACAUCUAAACUUGAAUAAUAAAGUUUUACCACCAGUUAUACAUAA